GGAUAUGUAUUUGAACGGCCACCGUCGCAUGACGGCGGACGUUUGUAAUCCGCCAAGAAUAUCUUUGCAAUAUCGUGACGUCAUGAUAGUUGGCAUGAUCCCUGCUUGCGUUGUUUCGUGUAUAAAUAAGCUCCAACUUCGAGAAAACAGUAAGAAAAACUUUGCCACGCGACUUUACAAGUUGAACUUUCAAAGGAAAAGAUUUCCCAAGCGGACACAAGAGAGCGUCAAUUCAAGAACACAAGAAUGAGAGAAGUUAGCCACUUUUUUGCAGUCAUUUUGUCAGUUUUGCUGUUUGGUUCAAAUCCAAGUGCUUUACCAAUGAAUUUUGAUAUAGACCAAGGCGCAUCUUCAAAUGCAAUGGAAUACCUUCACAAGUACGGGUAUCUCGAUACUGGAGGAGCUAUUGGCCAACUGAUCGACGGUACAUUUUACCCAAUGGCAAUUAAGAAAAUGCAACGGUUUGCUGGCCUGAAGGAAACAGGAAUACUUGACAAAGAAACAGUAGCCCUGAUGAAUUCUAGCCGCUGUGGUGUCUCAGAUAUUCAUUCAAGUCGAUCAAAGAGAUUCGCCGUUCACCACUGGAAAUGGCCUAAAAGGGUUCUCACAUGGCGUAUACAUAACUAUGGCAACGACGGUAUUCCAAAACCAGUUAUAAGAAAAACUUUCAAGAAGUCUCUGGUGAAAUGGGCCAACGUCACGAACUUGUCUUUCAAGGAAAUCUCAUCUGGCAAGCCCGAUAUUUUGUUCAAAUUUGCUCUAGGAAAGCACGGUGACCCUUCCCCGUUCAGUAGACCUUGGGAUGGAGUCAUCGCACAUGCCUAUUAUCCGAAGCAUUCAACCCCAGGAUUGGCCGGCGAUGUGCAUUUCAACGACGACAAGAAAUUCACUGUGAAUUCAUACAAAGGAAAAGAUCUUCUAUGGGUUGCCCUCCAUGAGGUUGGGCACAGUCUUGGAAUGGAACACUCAAACGCAAAAGGAUCUAUAAUGUUUCCCUAUUAUCAAAGUUACACAGGCAAAGAAAGUGAGUUAACGGAAGAUGACAUUGGUGGAAUCCAGUCACUCUAUGGAACCAAGUCUAAAACCAAGCAACCAACACCUGAAGUACCAUUCAGCAAAUGUCUUGGUAAAGUUAGUGCUUCUUUCCUGUCUGCCGAAAAGCAUGUGUACAUCUUCAGUCGCAAAAAGUUGUUCAUAUUGAAGAAGACACUCGGGAUUAAAGUAGGACCUGUUUCGAUCGGAAAAAUAUUCAAAGGAGUGAAAUCUGUAGAUGCUGCUUUUAGAAGGCACGAUGGAAAUACAGUUCUGUUCAGAAAGAAUAAAUACUUUGUGUUCAAUUCCAAUAAUCAAUAUGUCAGUGGACCCCACCGUAUAAGUUCGUCAUUUGCAGGGCUAGAAAGUCGGUCAGGCAGAAUCAAUGCUGCCUUUAUAUGGUCAAAAACGAAUGCUCUCUACAUAAUUAAAGGAGAUAAAUACUGGCGCUACUCUCUAAACUCAAAUGGAAAUGGUUAUAGAUUGGUACCAGGAUAUCCAAAGCUCAUAAAAGAUAUUUGGCCAAGGGUGCCAGGGAAAGUGGAUGCAGCGUUGACAUGGACUGACGGCAAAACAUAUCUCUUUAAAGGUGACAAAUUCUAUCAACUAACAAAGCAGUUUACUGUUCAAAAUGAUUACCCCAAGAGCACAUCACGUCUCUGGCUAAAAUCUGCAGAAUGCCAAAGCAAUAGCCUCGACUUAACAGAAGAAAAAAGUGCAGCCUCUAUACCAAGUCAAACAUUAUUAGUGAUGGUAGCAUCGAUAUUUACUAUUUUUGCUUUGUCUUAGAAUAGUUUAUAGUUGUUAUUUAUUUAUUUUUUCACUAUUAAAAUAUGAAUAGUUUAUUUCUGAUUAAUGAGUACGCCCAAGGCUGUCCAUGAAAAAACUGUGAAAUGUUAAAGCUCCGAAGAGAUUCGCCCCAAGCCAAAGUACAUUUUAAAGAAGUAUUUCAAUUGUAUCACUUCUUUCAAAUUGUGUAUAUUGAUGCUGAAAAGAGAGUUCCAGAUGAUGAAAUUCCAGGGUCUAAUUUUGAACAUGUGAGCUGUAGGUCCCCCCUGAGUAAUAAUAAUGAUUAAGUGUUUGUUUCUGAUUGGGGACUUUAGAGAUUUAUCGUAGCAUUUGCUCAAUUAAAACAUUAAAAUUUCACAUAGACAGUAUUUGGUACCAAUAUCUGUAAAAGCUGUUUCUUGUAGAUUGAAACACAGAAAAAUAGAGACGAAUUUCUAAGGAGCCUUGUACAAUAAAUUUUGUUAGUAGAAAAUCUUACAUAGAAAAGACAAUUUAUCUUUAUCUAGAAAUUUGAAUUUAUAUCAGUGGGAUAGAAAAAUUAUAUUUAUUUGUGUGCUGUAAAAUAGUUAGAGAUUUAAUAAAUUAUGUAAAUAUUUAUUCAUUUGUUUAUUGUAAAGAUGUAUUAUAAAGAAUACAUAUUUGUUUGUUUUCCAAAUGUUCAACCGAAUAUGUAUAUCAAUAGUCUAUGUAAAUUUUGAUUUAUUAUUACUUAGCAAUCAUUAAAAAACUGCAAUAGCAAGUCUAUAAAAAGCAGUACAAUAGGGUUUCUUUUUGUACCGAAACAUUUUCUCACAUGUAUAGGUUAAUAUGGACAUGUAUAGGUUUACAUUGUAGAUAGAUUUUCAUUCAAAUGUAAAUUGUAUUUAUUUGUUUGAAAUGCAAUUUGUAUAGUUUUAAAUUUUGUUGAUACAGUUUUGAAAGUUUUUUGCAGAUAUUUAUUAUUAUUGUUGUAAUAGAAAGAGUUUGAAAGAGUUAGAUACUUUUUCUAUAUGAGACAUGUUUUGUUUGAUAAAGAGUAAUUUUCUUGUGUGAUGAUUUCAAGUUACGCUGAAUAAUUGUUUGGCUUCAUUGAAAAUGUCCAAUUGAGAAAAAAGGUGGGGAAAUUGCCUUACACAUUCAGUUGCAUUAGAAAUAAGAUCUAUAUAGUCUCCCUCUAAUGGAGCCUUUUUCGCUGGGGCAAAAUGCUAUUUUAUCAAAAUUGAUUUAUAAACAAUGGGCGACAAAAUCAUUAGUCUCUCCGUUGGUCUGGGUUGUUUUUGCUCACUGCCGACUUAUCUAAACCAAUAAAUUUUGUGAUAGGGCAUUUUUUCUUUAGAAGCCUGCAUCCUUUUUAAAUAUA